UCGUAAAUUAAAAAAAGAAUCCCUUCGGUCUCUCCCACCAUUUCCCGCCGUGUGGAGACUACGAACACACUAGGCCCAAAGCAACUAUAAAUACCAAUGACAGACAGAAGCUCUCGUAGCAACGCUGCCUGAAACCAUGGACGGAAAAAGCUCUAGCAACACUGCCGGAAAGCCUAUCAGGUGCCGAGCUGCGAUUGCUAGGAAACCACGAGAACCGCUGGUGAUCGAGGAAGUGAUAGUGGCUGCACCAAAACCUCGCGAAGUUCGAAUCAAAAUCAUAUGCACUUCGCUUUGCCAUAGUGAUAUUAACUACUGGAAAUUGGAGGUAGAUAGUUGUUUGAGAUCAAAAUUAGUGUUUUUGUUGAAGUUAAUUAACGAUUGUUGUUUUCUCCUAAAGCGUCCUCCUGCAAUUUUCCCCAGAAUACUCGGUCAUGAAGCAAUUGGAGUUGUAGAGAGUAUCGGUGAAGGUGUACAUGAAGUUGUUGAAGGAGACACUGUGAUCCCAAUGUUUCUGCCAGAUUGUGGUGAAUGUGCAGAUUGUUUGUCCAAAAAAAGCAACCUCUGUUCAAAAUAUCCUUUCCACUGUACUCCAUGGGUGGGUAGAGAUGAAACAAGCAGAUUCACAGACAUCAAUGGAGAAACUUUAUACCAUUUCCUGCAUGUAUCGAGUUUUACUGAGUACACAGUGGUGGAGAUGGCUCGUGUAAUCAAAGUUGAUCCAGCAAUCCCAGCAAACAGAGCCUGCCUCUUGAGUUGUGGAGUAUCAACAGGGGUAGGUGCUGCAUGGAAAGCUGCAAAAGUGGAAAUUGGAACUACAGUUGCUAUAUUUGGACUGGGUGCAAUUGGGCUAGCUGUUGCUGAGGGAGCAAGGCUUUGUGGAGCUAAGAGAAUCAUUGGUGUUGAUGUGAACCAAGACAAGUUUGAAAUCGGAAAGAAAUUUGGAGUCACUGAUUUUGUGAACCCACGAAACAUCGGGGAUAAAACUGUCAGCCAGGUGAUAAUUGAGAUGACUGAUGGAGGUGCAGAUUAUUGCUUUGAGUGUGUUGGUUUGACUUCUCUUGUGCAUGAAGCUUAUGCUGCUUCUAGAAAGGGAUGGGGGAAAACGGUUAUGCUUGGAGUUGACCAACCGGAGUCAAUGUUGACUUUAAGUUCAUUUGGGUUACUUGAGGGUGGAAAGUCUCUAACGGGUUCACUUUUUGGAGGUUUAAAACCGAAAUCUGAUAUCCCUGUUCUCAUAAAACGCUACAUGGAUAACGAACUACAACUUGACUUAUUUGUGACACAUGAAGUUGAGUUUGAAGACAUCAACAAGGCUUUUGACUUGCUUCUUGAAGGGAAGAGCUUAAGGUGUGUGAUUUGGAUGAAAAAAUGAUCAAAGUCCGUUGCUACAAAGAACCCUUUCUUUCAUGAAUUGGGGACUUUGUUUGAUAUGUUUUAGUUGAAUGUUAUUUAUGUGUGCUUGACUCUUGAAAUUUUUAAAUAAUGACAAUCGGUCUACAUGAGUCUUUAAACAUAUAUAUUGGAUGUGAUUUCCUUAGUUAGAUUUAGUGGCGGAUUUAGAAAUUUUUACAUGGGGUACAAACAUUAUCAUUAAA